AUGAAGCUCCUCGGUGUGGGCUCCCCCUUCGAUCCGACGAAUCGCUUCUAAACCUGCAGCAUUCUCUCCUCGGUCGUGCUCGCCUACACCCGGCUUCUAAUCGCGUACUAUAUCUUCACCACUCUGUUUUACCACAUCGCUCGCUCAGCCGUGAUCGACGGGUCGCAUUCGACACAGAAAAGCUUUUCGUACUUUACAAACUUGAUGUACUGGGGGCUUGGUUGCUACUUUGCUGUCGCGGCGGUGCACACGUUUGUUUACGCCUUUGGGGGGAGGGCUCCGUUGGAGGGAUGGCCGGAGGUGUUGCAGUUUUUGCACUGUUUGCUUUAUACUACUAUUAUUACGUUUCCGCUUUUGGUCUGAGUAUUGGCUUUAUUUUUAUUUUUAUUAUUUGUUAGGAGUUCCUUUUUGGAAGGGGGAAUGAUAGACGAGUGCAGAUGGAUGAAUAGAUGGGCGCGGGAAUACCUAUGCAGGGAGGAAUGUGGGGGGGAAUCGGAAAAAGAAAAAGAAAGGAUGCACGCUGAGCAAUACUUUAUGUGGUUUUUAGAACUGUGGUAUACUGGGUCAUUCUGGCACCAGAUGACAAUCAAUUCAGAAAUAGAUAUUCAGCAUGGUGCAAUGUAAUCUCCCCCCCUCCCCCACCCCCACCCCCAUCCCAACCAACCAGGCUGACCCUCCUAGGUGUCCUUCCACACCCUAAACUCAGUCUUCGCGAUCUUCGAAGUCCUCAUCCCUCGCACCGAGCGCUCGCCAUGGCUACACGUCCCCUUCCUGUUCCUAAUCCUAGCGGGCUACCUGGGUGUCGCCUACAUUACCAAGGCAACCAAGGGCUUAUACACCUACUCCUUCCUCGACCGGGGCAAGAAAGGUUCCGGCAUGGUCGCCGCGUACGCUUUCGGCAUUGCCGCAGCGAUUUGCGUGGUGUUUGUUAUCAUCUGGCUGAUCAUUUGGCUGAGGCUAUUCCUAUGCGAGAAGGUGUUUGUAUUGAAGGGAAAGUUCUCGAGUGAGGCACGGGGUGGAAGGGGUGAUGGAGAGGAGGGCGAGCAUGGGAGCUUGGUGGAGAAGGAGCUUCCCUGAGGCUGUCCUUUCUUCCUUUGUUCAGGAGGAAAGGAGGGAGGGGAUUCAGGCGCUAGUUUUGGAUAUACUUGUCGUAGCAUUGAUUGGGUUGUGCUUUCUCUCAUUCUCCCCUCUUUU